AUGAUUAAAAGUAAAAAACAAAAAUCGCCAUCAAUCAACACCCAGAAACCAUCAGUUACUAAACAAACAAAGCAAAACAAAUUCUACUACUUGAACAUGAUAUUCGAAUUCACGAAAAUGUUUUUUGACAUGAGCACCAUCCACGGAUUCCCGCACAUUUCGCAAGAUGGUCGACAUCCUCUUGAAAGAGUUCUUUGGAUACUUCUUGUAACAGUAGCUGCUUGCGGGGCGGGAAUUUUAAGCAGCCUCACUUUGACGAGAUACAGAGAAAAUCCCACAGUAAUAUCGAUGGAAAGAGACAGGUUUUCUUGGAAUACCUCAUUUCCUCCUGCUACUAUUUGUUCCAGCAAAAAAUACGAUCCUGAUAAACUAGAGAAAUUUGUUAACGAAAAUGAAGAUAUUAAAAAUAAAACUCUAUACAAAGAUUUCAUUAUAACCCUUCUGGAGGCUAGUUAUUUGAAUUUGGAUUCUGUUAUCGAUUACGAAGGAAUUGAUAGUGAGGAUUUUGUUAAAUUGAUUUACAAGUUCAGCUUUCCAUUAAAGAUGGAUAUUACGAAUUCAGCUGGUAAUAACAAGUUUCUCAGUGUCCAGGAAACUUAUACUGAAAUGGGACGGUGUUACAGUUAUAAUUCGCAGUUGGCCAUUUAUAAUUCUUACGAAUAUAGAAACAAUGGGAGUUGGAAAUUAUUACCAGAGACAGAAAUUUUUUAUAUAAAUCCUCUGGAAGGCGAAGUAUUUGUGAACAUGAUUAACGUAUCCAGUGGGUACAAGGUAUAUUUCCACGGUCCUUACGAAGUGAUCGACAUGGCUACGAAAAACAUCGAAGUGCCGAGCGGUAAUUUUUUACAAUUUUACCUGUCAGCUCUAACGAUUUUUUCCAGCGAACGUACCAGAAGUCUCAGCGUCAAGCAAAGACAAUGUCGUUUCUAUUACGAAAGCAAUUUAGCGCAUUUUCCGUUUUAUUCCUAUGCCGCUUGCAGAAUGGAGUGCAGAAUAAAGUUGGCUAAAGAGUUUUGCGGUUGCUUGCCGCAUUUUUACAGAAAAUUGGAAGGGGAAGAAGUUUGCGAUGUAAAAGGCUUGCAUUGUCUCUCAAAAUAUAGAGAAGACCUGGUAUUUCUAAAAAACCAAUGCUCCUGCGUGGCAAACUGUGACGAAACAGUUUACGUCAUCGAAUUCAGCGAUCAAAGAGACUGGUUUCUGGGCUCCACUUUGCAAUGGGGUAUGGUGGAAUACCCAAAAAUGAGAUUAAAAAGAGACGUCAUUUUCGGGUUUUCUGAUCUAUUGGUGUAUAUUGGUGGAAUGGCGGGCUUAUUUUUGGGAUGCAGCGUUCUUAGUUUCAUUGAAAUUGCGUACUUUUUUACAUUAAGGUUAUUUUGGUUCGUUAAAAACUUUGAUAAACGCACAAAGUGA